AUGCGGACCGAGAGCACUUCGAAUUUCGAUGAGGAAUGUGCCGUUUGCUAUUCGCUGCAGGCCACGACUCAUUUCGGCGUAAAUACUUGUCGGUCUUGUAAGUAGCGCCGAUUUUUAUCAGUCGUUUUGCAGGUGCUGCGUUUUUUCGUCGCUCAAUUGUCCUACAUCGAAGUUAUGUGUGUCGGAAUGGCGGGAAAUGCAAUAUUGAACAAGGUAGGUGUGGCUUAAAGGGUCUGCUGUAAAGAUUCUGAAUUUUUGGGCCUUGUUUGUUCUAUAACAUUGUUUGAUACCGCUUAGGCCCUCCGAAAAUCCCGAAAAAUUGAUUAUUCAGCCGCCCCGGAUCUACUAGUCCGUUCGUAUAGUCGCUGUAGUGAUUUUGAUGACAUGCACUAUGUGAAAACCAUGCCUCACUUUGCACUGUGCAACUUCUUGAUUUUCGCACCGUGCAAUAGGCUUUUUUGAUCUGUCCUUCAUACGUUGACUUUUUCCGCUCACGGGGGAAGUACUCCAAUUGCGACGCUCAGAGUUUGAUUAAACUUGGCCCAAAUUUAGAGUAAUUUUUUCUAAGAUAUAUGCGAGAAUCCUAGCUCGCGCUUUGCAGAAACAACCGAGAUUUUUAGAUCGAAAGUGGGCCGAAAUUUUAGACUUUUUGCCGAAUUUUGGUACGAAAAGUUUCAUGCCUAUUUCUACCGUAAAGGAUAAUGUUUCUACAAAAAAUUAAAAUUUUCCAUACGAAACUGCCAAAGUUAUGGCCAAAAAGGCGUUUUCUCUUUGUCCGCUCUCCGAGUUUUGCGUUCUCUCUCGGCGGCAAAAAUCGUUCGAUAUCUCGGCGGCGCCCGCAAAGCGCGAGCUAAAACUUUCAGGCAUUGAUAUUUAGUCCAUACCCGACGUGUGUGCAAAAUUUAAAGAAAAUCUGAGCGUCGCACGUGGAAUACUUCCCCUGUCAGUGUAAACGUUAAAAAUCACUGCAGCGACUUUACGAACGGACUACUACGCCAGACAUAAGAUUCUGACGUCUUGCACUUUUCGGUUCUCUCGUUUUUUUGUCCUUUGUCGCUGACAUCCCCCGCUUCUACUCAAGCGACAAGCCUUUUUUUGGCGUGGCAACUACCGUUUCCACACACGACAUAAUUUUCCGAAUUUCAUGUAGCGAGUAGUAAGUAUCAUUUCCUAGUCAAUAUAUGUUGCAUUAGCCUCUUUUCUCUGUGGCAGAGUCAAAUUAAAGUCAUUCAUUUCAGAUGCCAGAGUGUCCUGCCCGUCUUGUCGCUUCAAAAAGUGCAUCAAAGUCGGGAUGGAAUCGGAGAGUAAGUCGGGUUUUUGUUGUAUCAAAGCACACGAGACUGUUGAUGUUUGAUGGUUGUGUCUUUGUUUUUUUGCGGAGGAAAGUUCUUUAGUUCAGACAGCCAAAAUGCAGGGGUUUUACCGUGUUUCGAAGGCACAUCCAAGGAAUUAAAAAAAGGAUAUCGCCAUGAGAAGAAAGAAGGAUUCUUACGGUAGUUUUUUUCCUUUGUCUUGAAGGAAACCGACAGAGAUUGGUUGCGCUGAAUUCUUUGUUGAUGAUUGAAGAGAAAAAAUCGCGGCGUUUGAAUCUAUUUUAAUAUUAAAAAAGCAGAGACGAAAGGAUAGGUUGAUUUUGCUGAGAGAGAUCUCAUCAAAAUCACUUACUCUCUGGAGAUUAUUGGAGUAGCACUCAACACACAAGCCAGUGUUCUAAGUCUUUUGAGCCCCCUCUUUAAACCCCUUAUCGCCCUUUUCCAGAGAUUCGCCCAAACUUUGACAAAAAUGGUCCCCGACCGGAGGCACUCAAAAAACGAAUCAAACCAAAACCCCCACAAAGUACAGUACUCCCGCAGAUGAUUGAAGGAUAUCGACGGUAUCUGGACGACACCAAGACACUGUACUUUGCAUUUAACCCCGAAAGAGUGUUCAAUGAUGACAUUGUCUUUCGUGAAUCCACUGUUAAAGAGCACUACUUUUUUGACCGCACUGCCGUCGCAUAUUAUGUAAAAAUGUUGAAUCGAUACUUCUGCCCGUUCAAGGAUCUCAGCGUGGAGGAAAAGGUGGGUUUUGACGGCCAAAAACCUCUAUGGUAAAAUUGCGAAAAGAUGUAAAAAUCUCGCCAUGUUUGGAUCUAUAGAACCCUUUUUAGAAGACCAUUUUCGACACCUUCCACUUCCAACUCUCUCUUCUCAACAUGAGCUACCUCAAUACCGUGUAUUUCCCAGACGACGAAAACAAGCAGUUCCUGCAUUUCGGUGGCUACACGGACAUCGUUAACAUGGAGUAUUUCUUCUCCCAAAAUAAAAACCCCACCGAAAUCAAAAAGUGAGUUUUUCUUUCAUUUCUUUUUCCAUUUUUAUAGUACAGGGGCCUGUUUCACGAACGCGAAAUAAAAAAAAUAGAAAUAUGAGUGAGCGAGGGAACAGAGGAAAUGCAUGCGAAACGGGAGAGACGGCAGGAAAAUGAGGAUUGCGCCAAUUCUCAAUCGGAGUGACUUUUUACGUCCAAAAUUACGGAUUGGCGGUAGUAUUUGAGCCAUAACUUUCCUCUACUUGGGCCUACAGGCACCCUCCAAAAAUUCAAAUAAUGCUGAGACUGCGGGCUAUAUAGAUCUAUAAAAAUUUUUGCUCUACCGCCAAUGACAAAGUUACCAUAGGCGUUGUAGUGUUGAAUUCUUCCACUUUAUGACGCUAAAAGGCCUUUUUUCGCGUUAAUUGAAACAGCAAAAAAUUCUAAUUUAUGUCAGUCGAUAGACAAUUUAAUUCUCUACAAAACAUUUUUAGAGGGGCAACUGUAAGCCAUUUUUUGGCUGAGUAAUGACUGAUUUACUUUGACAAUCCCUCGAUUUUCAUCACAAAAAAUCUUUCGAAAGAGCCCUCAAAUCAAAACAAGAGAGAAAUUUUACGGUAAAAAUGGGAUGCGGCUGGACUAAAUCACCCAUAACUUUAUCAGUUGGUGAGAUAUAGACGCCCCUCUAAAAAAAUGAGGUAGCCAAGACAAUUUUCUUUACAAUUAUAUAAAAUUUUAUACUAAUAUUUUAUUAUUUGGAACAAAAACCUAUUUUUAUUCUGAAAAAAAUGAAAAAAUGUUGCAAACUGCUGCACUACUAUAAAUUUGUUCGUUCCGCAGAUCGCCAAACAUCCUAAAAAAUAACAUUACUGUAAACCGCGGACUCAGGUCUAUAUGAUUUUUUUUAAACGGUGUCGAUCCGACAAUUUUGGACCAAGUUAUGAGGAAAUUAAUCUAGAAUUGCACAAAUUUUGUAGAAAAUAGAAAUAUGCGCAAUACUACAGCUAUUUUCGAGCGGGUUUUUGCAACAGUGCAACGAAACUUGCACACAUGACAGUCCAAACAGUUAGCAUUAUUCGAAAUUUUGAAGGGUGAUUCUAUGCCCAUGGAGGGAAAAGUUAUGGCCGAAACACUGCCGCCAACCCUGAUUUUGGACGUAAAAAGUCACUCCGAUUGAGAAGUGGGGAAAUCGUAAUUUUUCUGCCGUCUCUCCCGUUUCGCAUGCAUUUCCUUUGUUCCCUCGCUCACUCAUAUUUCUAUUUUCUUCAGAAAUAUGAGUUUUUGCGUUCGUGAAACAGGCCCCAGAUCCGUCUGUCGGGGAAAUAAUGGACACUCUGUCGCGACAUGUCGCAACAAAAAUCUCAUUGUGCGAUUCCCAUUUUUUGAGCGAUAUCAGUGUGUCGGGAAAAUAAUGUGGAUUUGUAGCGUCAUGGAAUCAAGUACGACCGCCUUUUAUCUUUUUUUCAGUCUGUCGUGAAAAUAAUGAGCGCAAUGUCGCUGCUCCAAUUGCGUCGCUGAAAUGAAAAGCAAUUUAAUUUUGUCGCGAUACAAUUUAUUUUCCCGGCGGCGAUGCAAUUUUCGUCGCGACAGAGUGCUCAUUAUUUUCCCAACAGACUGACAAUUCAAUGCGCCUUGUUAUGCCGUGGUAUGAGCGGUAUUUGGGGCCCUAAGAAAAGCUAGGAUUUUUGGUUCUUGGGACUACUGUAACUUUUACCAUGUUGCAGGGCCUUUUCACACGUCACAGCCAAGUUCCGGAAGAUUGCAACGAAGUUCCGGACGGUGAAAGUUGAUGAGACCGAGGCGGCAGGGAUGAUCGGUGUCAUCCUGUGGCGAGAAGGUAUGGUGAAAAUCCAAUUUUUGUUAUUUUUUGCAAUUUUAGUCUCAUACCAGCUCCCCCACAAAGGAUACGAUGCGAUUUUGGAUAAGGUGGUCAAGGAGUUGGCGGUUCAUUGCCGGAAAACCCAUGGGUCGGACCCUCUGCGAAUCGCCCGACUUAUGUGUUUGUUACGAUGCCUGGAGGAACUGUUGAUGCUCUUGAAUGAGGGCUUGGCAAUGGGCUUUAUUCUGCAUGAUAUGCCGGAGAAAACGACGGAGAUUUUUAAGGCAUAA